AUGAGCCCCCUGAAUUCAGCCUACUUUACAAACGACAGUAUUGUGCAUCCUGACUUCUUUUUCAUAAGUGGUUUUGCUGGUAUUCCCCACACAAACUAUUACUAUGUCUUCUUGUGCUUUGUUUAUGCUCUGACUGUAGUGGUAAACACCUUUGUCAUGUUUAUGAUUUACACUGACCACUGUCUUCACAGUCCGAAAUACAUUGCAGUUUUUAAUUUGGCUGUGUCCGACUUGUUUGGAAGUACUGCACUCAUUCCUCAGAUGAUUGACACCUUCCUUUUUAAAUCACACUUAAUCUCCUUUGAGGCCUGCUUGACAAACAUUUUUUUUGUCUUUGCAUUUAUCACGAUGCAGUCUUUCACGCUAACUCUUCUUUCUUAUGACAGAUAUGUUGCUAUAUGCUUUCCACUGAGAUACAAUGAGAUUGUGACUAAUAAAUCAAUAUUAUUGAUCACAACUAUGUUAUGGAUUUUGGCAGCAAUAACCACUCUCUUAUCUGUGAGUUUUAUCAGCACACUGUCAUUCUGCAAAUCCACUGUGGUAAACAGUUAUUUAUGUGAUCCUGGUCCCUUACAUCUUUUGGCGUGCAAUGACAACACUCCAAGUUCUGUGAUUAAUUGGACACAUCCUAUUAUGAUUCUCUGGUGUCCAGUACUUUUUAUCAUAGGUACAUAUAUUUGUAUAGCCAGAGCAUUAUUCAAAAUUGCAGAAGCCUCUGAGCGCCUGAAAGCCAUGAAAACCUGCACCUCUCAUUUGAUCUUGGUGAGUGUGUUUUACCUUCCUAUAGCUUUUGCCUUUGCACUGGGCUCUAUCAUUCACCAUAAUGCCAGGAUUAUUAACCUGUCUCUAACGACCAUCUUGCCCCCUGUGCUGAAUCCAAUCAUUUACUCACUGAAGACAGAGGAAUUCACAGAAUCCAUUAAAAAGCUUUACAGAAGAAAGAAGAUGCACUGUGCAGAACAAAUUAAUUCAUGUUUUAAUGUUCACAAAUGA